AUGGAUACUGUUAGUCUUCAACUAGCCAAACAAAAGACGGAAGCAGCACUCAUCACCAGCAAAAAAACUAUAGAGAGCAUUAAACUGAAAGUCGGUGAACAAGAGAUCAUAUCGCAACCUUACACCCAAUACUUAGGAGUGAUACUUGACGCCCGACUAAAUUUUAAGCAGCAUGUAAAACAAGUAAGUGACAAAGCAUCUGUAGUGAGAACUUGUCUUGCACGAUUGAUGCCUAACAUCGGCGGACCAAAGCAGAGCAGAAGACUUACACUUUCAUCAGUAGUUGCGUCAGUGCUCACUUAUGGAAUACCUAUUUGGGAAGACGCACUAGAGCUCCAAGAAUCAUGGAGAAAAGUUGGUCCUGUAUACCGCUUGAGUGCUUUAUGA